AGCAGCCUAAACGAACGGAAAGCGCGUAACCUGGACAACUUACUGUUGUUCUCAAUGAAUUAUGACUCUGAAGGUGUUAAAUGUAUUGAUGGAAUGUUACUUUUAUGUACAGAUCAGCUUUACAACAUUGUGUGUUACGACUGCUGUAUGGGAACGGAAUUCAAAUGCAGAUAUAAUUGGUGACAUUCAAUUGCAUAUCUUUUUAAGAAAUUUUACACACAUUUUAUUCAAUGGUUGUUACUAAAAAUGCGCCUUCUAACCACCCAAACAUCCAAAGAAGUGUUUAUUUCGCCGUGAAUUAAGUGUAUUCGUGCGACAAUCUAACCUUUACUUCCGCUAUACCUCUAAAACAAACGCCAUGCCAUCGAUCUUUAUUUAGAUAAUGUUUUAAUCAUCGAAGGCGGAAGCCGGGACAAUUCGUAAGACGAACCGACUAGUCAUGGAAUGUAUUCCAACUUGAAGUUAGGUAAAAGGGAAGUAGUGCAGAGAAGAGAUAUUGUUCUGAAAUAGAACAGCGUAAAUCUGCUUUCAUACUAAGUCAACCAGUCAGCCUUUGGGAAUGUGUCUGUCAAUCAAACAUAAUCUUCCCCCCAAACAAAAAGAAAAGAAACCAUACCCAAAAGCCCACCAUGUUGUGCAGUAUGUUAGCUACGAGUGUGUUGUCAAAUCAUAUUACAAGACUAACGAAAUACGGUUGAAAGCAUUACGGAUAGCGUAUUUAAACGCUAUAGAGCUGAGCUAACUAGAGCUAGUACACUUAUGAGGAAUGAAGUAGUAUAGUUCCAAACAUUAUUGACGUAUUUAACCACAAUGCCACUGGCACGGAGGUUUGACGAUGAAGGCCGAUAAUGAUACGAUAUGAUUGUUGAACAUUGUGUUAGUAUUAAGAGUCCAGCUAAUCAACACCUUACUACCGGGUUGAGAAUGCUGUGGCAUGGAAUAUAUGGAUGAUGGUGAUGAUGGCGUUACGAUCAAGCAGAUCUCAGCGAUCUACCCUAUCCCCUCUGUACCGACGAAACGUAACAAUGUAACAAUACUCAACAAAUCAAUACAAUAAAGAUUACACAAGAUGGACCUUUAUUUACU